AGGAAUGCUAUCCGUCUGCAGUCUGAAGAAGGAGCAGAAAGACUAAAGGUUGGGCACGUCUUUCCAAGGCAAUUAAUGGCUGCUGCCCGCGGGAGCUUAGCUUCAUCCUUCUCUUUAUCUACUCCUUCACCGUUCCGAUCUAAAAUCAAGCAGUGUUCCGUGACUUUACACUCCUCACCUUCUUGGCUUCUCUUUCCUUGUCCAACCUUGUCAUGCUUUCUUGCAUCCUCUUCCAUCUUCCUACCUCGCGCCCACGAAACCUUUAUUUCUUUGCUCAGCUCAAUUGCUAAACCUAGGAUUUCCAGAGCUCUACCCGUCGUACAAGAACAACCAUUAGCUGAAUCUGAAACUACGUCGGCGAAGGAGCAGAACAUCGUAGACGGCUCCCCAUUCAGAGAAUUGAAGGUUCGAUUGAAACCGUGUCAACUCUACGUCUGUAAUCUUCCCAGGAGUUGCGACAUCUCAGAGCUUCUGGAGAUGUUUAAGCCCUACGGAACUGUUCAAUCAGUCGAGGUUUCUCGGAAUGUUGACACCGGGAUAAGUCGCGGAUGCGGCUAUGUCAAAAUGAGCUCUAUGAACGAAGCCAAAGCUGCCAUAGCUGCAUUGGAUAGAUCUGAUGUUGGAGGGCGUGAAAUGCGAGUCAGGUUUUGUGCAGAAAUGAAUUCUAUUUAUUGGCGGAAGAAACUUGAUUCUGUGAAUUCAGCGCCCAAUGGGAACGUAGUCUUAGAAAGCCUUCAUAAGGUCUACGUUGGCAAUCUUGCGUGGUCCGUAACGCCCGAAGAUUUGAGACAGCAUUUCAGCCAAUUCGGGACUGUAGUCAGUGCAAGAGUGUUAUACGAUCGCAAAGGAGGGAAAAACCGUGUUUAUGGAUUUAUCUCUUUCUCUUCCGCCACAGAAUGCGAGGCUGCAAUUUCUUUAAGUGGAGCGGAGUUUCGUGGGCGUAAACUAUUGGUUAGAGAUGUCUUGAAAAAGAGUGAGUCGUGAUACUGAAAUUUGCAAGAUGAUGCAUUUCCCUGUAGACUGUAGCGAAGUUGCGCAAGCAGAUGAACAGGUAUCUCAUCAACAUAUUCCUCAGAUUUUACAUUCUUGUAUGCUUGGUGAUAUAUGAAUCCUUCAUUCUCUUAGUUUUCUUUAAUGUUGAGGUUUGAGCAUCUAGAUAUAACUCAGUUAGGGUUACAAUUUAGAAAUGGAUUUUAUCCAAUCUCAUGUACCUAGA